CCACGGCGAUGGCAAGCUAGGAGUGCAGUGGCUGGCCUGGCUCUAUUGCUCCCUCUCUUUUAAUCCUCCCGACGAAUUUAUCUCUACGAGAACAGCGACAAGGUGAGAACUGCUUCCCAGCCCUCGGCCCUCGGCCCUCGGCGCCCUCGCUCUUCCUACAAUCGCGAAGUUCCGCCGCAUCAUACGAACCGAACCGAGCUCGCUGUUUGGGAUUCGACCACCCCCGCACCACACUCGGGCUUCCAGCCGUCGGUGAUGUCCCUCAGGGAACUACUUGGACUCAACGACGCAGAGCCCCGCCCCCAGCAGAUCUGUGCGCCACCAGCCACGGGUCUGAACCUCCAGAGAUCCCUCGUCCCAGCUGGCGGCGCGGCAUCAGGCCCUGCCAGGAGCAGGAGCAGCAGCAGCAGCCGCGAGAGCGGAGACACAGCGCGCCGGCUGAACACGGGCGAGUCGUGGAGAGAGGAGGAACACCGGCGCAUCCAACGCAUGGAUCCAGGAGGCAGGGGCGGCGGAGGGUCCGGCCAAGUGCCGGAUGGGUGCGGAGUAGCUACCUCAGCCUUUGCGCACCGCCAGCAGCAGCCACCUGCAUCUGGGUCCGAGGCGCACGGGCAGCAGGGGGGGGUGGUAUGGCGGGGCGGGGGCGUGGAUUGGGCAACGGGGGCGAGCAACCGGGAUCAGCUCAACCGGGAGUUUUUGCUCCAGCAACAGCAGCAGCAGCAGCAUCAGCAGCAGUCGGAGGCCCGGCAUCGCUGGGAGCAGCACCAUCGACAGAUCAAGGAGAGCCAGGAGAAGCAGGGGCAGCAGUUCUUGAGCGAGGUUGCGAGAAAAUACCAACAACAGCAGCAGCAGCAGCAACAGCAGCAACAGCAACAACAACAGCAGCAGCAACAGCAGCAUCAUCACCAGCAACAACUCCAGCAACAUCACCAGCGCGAGAGCGCCUCGGGGGUAGGGCGUAUUUCCCACAACCCUUCGCCAUCACCACCCCCCUUGCAGCAGCACCAGCAUCACCAGCAACACCAGAAACAACAACACCGGCAGCGGCAGCAGGAGAACAAAACCCUGAAGAAAGAACAGCACCAGCGACGGAAGGAGGGUGCUGCUGCUGAUAAGACGCAUGAAGGCCAGGCUGGGAACAAGCAGGAGCUGGUAGCCCUCAAGGCCGGGCACGGGGUUGCGGUCGACCAUCUGAACAUGCUCGUCAGUCUGGUGGAAGAGAUGACGCAUAAGUGGGAACGGCAACUCGACGACGGCGGGGAGGGAGGAUGGGAUGACGGCAUGCUGGCGAGAGAAGGCACCGAAGCCGUGAAAGCGAUACGAUCGGCAGCCCUCGAGGGGCCUGGGCUGCCUAUCGGGGUGAUCGAUUGGCCGGGAGUUGCUAGCAGCCUGUGGAGGCGACAUUCAGUGGCAUGGUCGCCACAGCUAUGCCAGGGUUUGUGGAAGUUCGUGGCGUACGGCGACGUGGGGGCCGCGAUGAACGCGCUUCCGAGAGCAGGGGAGACGCUCAACGGCGCGUGGACCCGGCAGGAUCUGCUAUACGACUCGGAUACGGAGGCGUUGUCCGUCAACCCGCUCUUCAUCUCCAAGGAGGACACAACCUCCAAAAUCCCGAGGUGGGGACGGUCGAGAUCGAACCCUGCCGGUAAGCGCGAGUGGAGCCUUGCGGAGAAGGCGAGGAGCGAGGAACCGCUCCGUCGAGCGCCGAUGCUCAUGAGCGGCUCAAUCGACCUGCGACACUCUCCCGACAGACCCGGCAGGGUCGGGAAGCAGGCCGCGGGCCGUGCUUCGGACGAAGAUCAGCUCGUGCCCCUCUGCACAAUCGCCGCGCGGCCUACGUUUGUUCGAACCCGCAAGCGGCCUGCGAAGGGGAUUGCUCGGCCACGGGACCCGCCGUCACCGCGAAGCGCAAAAGCUGCCGCUGAGAUCGCAGAAGCGGAAGCUCAAAUGAGGAGCGGCAGGGGAUGCAGCUUCUCCUACAGCAGUCCGCAGCAGACUCUUCGGCGUCCGGAAAACAGAACCCGAAGGUCAACCGCGCCUCCGGUAACGCCCACGCUGCAGGUUCGCCCCCGUUAGCGCAGGCCGGCGGCGGUGGAGGUGUAGCGGAGGGUCCAAGGCUGCAACAAAAGAAGCAGAGGAACAGCACCACCAGCGUCGAGCGGGCCGCGUCCGAGGCAGCAAAGCGGGCGGAGGUCUGGGCGGCGGCUAGCGAUGCGGCAGCAGCCGCGGCUGCUGCCGCCGCUGCUGCUAAGGGUUCUGCAGCGGCGUCGGCUUCCACUACCGCACGGUGGUCAAGCCAUCGUUCGCCGACUGGUGGGCCUGCAAGAGGCUUGGCUUCGGUUCCACAGCAGGUGGAAUGGCAGAAUCAGGGAGAUGCUUGUACGGCGGACUCUCAGGGCCGCCAACACGGUCGGCCUGUGGUAUCGGAGGGGUCCGCCCCCCCGGUGCCGCCAACCGCAAACCUCCACGCGUUGCACGUCGCCGCGAACGCCGUAAGCGACGGCGCCGCCGGCAGACCGCCGCCGUCGUCCCAAGACCCGGCUGUAGAGCAGAGGCGGCAUUUUGCGUCAAGCUCAUCCUUCUCUAGACAGCAGCAGCAUCAGCAUCAGCAGCAGCAGCAGCAGCAGCAGCGUCAGCAGCACAGCUAUCCACAGGCCGCCGUCCCAGCGGGCCCUCCGCACCCGAACCGGCCUUCAGCGGUCACCUACAUACACAUGGGUGGGGGCAUACUGGAAGCCGCGAACGACGGCAACGGCGCCGUUACCGCCGCAUCUAACCCCUCGCGAAGCCUUCGCGCGGCCACCGGGGUUGAGCGUGCAGGAAUCGGUGAUGUUCGCGGCGGCGGGUUGGGUGCCAGCGGGGGAAGCAGCAACAGCAUCGGAAGCGGCGGUGCCGGUGUCGGGGCGACAGCAGUGGGAGGCCCGCCGACGUGGAGCCGAGCGGAAGAAUACGGUGCGAGCGGGGGGGGGGCAGUUCCAGACCGCCCACUACCACAGCGUGCGGACGUGUCCUUGGCACCGCCCUCGCUGUUCGAGGCCCGGCCUCCGGCGCCCGCUGUUUCCGGGGUGACGGUACCGGGGUUCGGAACGAUUGCCGCCGGCGCGAUUCUGCAACGCCCCCCAGCCUCAGAGUCGUAGCGUCCAAAGCACAGGAGAGAAUUUAGUUCAUGGCAAGUUGGUGACAUCGCCAGAGGCUGAUGAUCUCGCAGGUCAUGGCUUGUGGUGCCGGAAGCUGCAACAAAUGAGAGUUUGGACAGGGAGGGUGUCAAGAUCUACGAUCUGCAGGAUCGGGCACAGAAGAGUGCUUCGGCGUUUGCAUGCGACGCGACGGGGCUUCGGGCACAGCGUACCCUAUUGGCUUCACUGCUUGUACAACUGCUGGUGCUUAGAGGGGGAACUUUUGUCAAGUCUUUGUCAAAUUAAAAGUAUACGGUGGCGGGACCCACUCCUGUUUUUGAGUCUAAAAGUUUGAUGUAUUACUUCGCACCUUGUUUUCGAGUUCAACCUGUGACAACCAAAACUUUUCUCUUGAUAGCAGAGAGGGGGAUCGUUGUACUGUUUACAAUUCAGGAAAUUUUCUGCAGUGUGAUGGAAAACGAUAUGAGCGUUGUGAACGGCCGGGAUGGAUGGGAGGGAAAGCAGGCGGGGUUCGGGUAUGUAGGUCCUGGGUUGUCACUCUUGAGUUAGUCUAAUGUUCCACCUUCGUCUCGAGUAAUGGUAUGACCGUGUUAUCUACUUACCUGGACAGAGCGGGCGCGGCACUACUGCUGUUGCGACUGUCGACGGGUUGGGUCAGCUUGUCCGCUGGGUGUUGUUUGCGUGUUUGGUAUGUAUGGUACGUUGUUUUGAGGAGGGCCGACUUCGAUGUGAAAUAGUUCAGGGGGGCUGUUUGCAUGGAUAUUUGCUCAGGUUUUCUUCGUUGGAGCGAAUAAUGAUUAUUUAAGUGCAGGGUUGUUAGAAGCCGAAGUCAGCGCUGUAGUCUAAUGGUUUCAAUUCGGCUUCCAGAGAGGGUUUACCUAUCGUGUCGUGGUGUUUUGUACAUCAUCCGGCAUGCACCAACUCUAGAGCCCUGUCAUUUACUCUCGGCUUCUCUCGUACCCGAUGUAGCCUGAUUUAUGUACAUAUCGCACAAAUCAAGUUCAUUCUGCCAUCUUCCCCCUGUCUACCUUUCAGCCGCCACGCAAAUAAAUGUAGCUCCGCACGGCACGCCAUAUUUAGUCAACAAUAUUAUUUUAUGCAUACGAAAGUACGAACCAGACGAUUGGCAGGCAGUCGAACCUGCGUAGAAGACCCUCCUCCAAUCUAAGUCCAGGUCAUUCCGGGCGCCUUUGUAAGUUUCAUUUAGAACACCAUAGGUAGGUAUGCAUGUAGGCGUCUUGCGCGUU